CGCCCCGGGGCGGGGAACACAUUGUGCACAGCAGCCUCGGCCAGAGCCGCAGUACUUUUUGGGGCCUGGCAGGCUGUGCGCGUUCGGGCUCGGCAGUGUGCUCGCCCAGUCCUCCCCGGCUUUGGUCUGCGCGGAACAUGGCGGAGCUGGAGCUAGGGCAGCACUGCGGGGUGGCGGAUUGCAGACAACUUGAUUUUCUCCCCUUUGUAUGUGAUGGCUGUUCAGGCAUCUUUUGCCUUCAGCACAGGAGCCGGGAUGCUCAUGGGUGUUCUGAGGUGAAUAUAAGAAACACCUCUGUGAAACCAGAUCAGCACAGAUCUUACCCAUGCUCGUACAAAGACUGUAAUGGAAAGGAGCUUUUGCCAGUUUUAUGUCCUUACUGUGAAAAACAUUUUUGUCUAAGACAUCGGCAUCAGUCAGACCAUGAAUGUGAGAAACUGGACACACCAAAACCUCGAAUGGCUGCUACACAGCAGCUAGUUAAAAGUAUUGUAGAUUCCAAAAAAAGUGAAGAAGCAAAAAGCAAGAAAUGCAGAGGACCGAAAAACAGUGCAACAGCAGCAAAAGUGGCAUUAAUGAAGCUGAAAAUGCAUGCAUGUGGGGACAAGUCCUUGCCUCAGACAGAAAGAAUUUAUUUUCAAGUAUUUUUGCCAAAGGGAAACAAAGAGAAAAGCAAGCCCAUGUUCUUCUGCAGUAAGUGGAGUAUUGGCAAAGUAGUAGAUUUUGCAGCUUCCUUAGCAAGCCUUAAAAAUGACAACAACAAAUCAACAUCCCAGAAAUUGAGAUUAUGCCAUGCUGCCUCUGGAGAAGCCUUACCAUUUGAGCACACAUUGGAAACAUGGCUAUCUGAUAAAGACUAUCCAUUGUACAAUGGCGGAAAUAUAAUUUUGGAGUAUCUUAAUAAUGAUGUUCUAUCUAUAGAAGAUGCAGAGUCAUACUUCAGUUAAUCAGUAAAUUAUCACAAACAAAAAAAGAUUUUUUAAAAUUUUUUUUAGAAAUGUGGUAUUUAACAAAACCAACUCCAGUUUUAUUCUGAAGUCACUGGUAUGCCAGGAUCUGUCCUCAGCUGUAAAGACAGACUUCCCAUCAAUUUCUCAGUUUUUUGACUGACAGAAGAGCUAUGUCCUGAAAGGAAAAUUAGUUAUAUUAUUAAUUAAUAUCACAAAUACUCACUUUCUAUAAUAAAUUCUUACUUUAUUUAAUUGUAUCAUGUCAAUAUAUUUUUCUUAAAUUUUAUAUUUUAUGUAAAUUAUGGGAAAAGUAUGUAUUAAAAUCGAUAAAUAAUGAAAAUGUAAACUUGCAGUAUAUUAAUUCUCUGAAGGAAAGAAGCACACUACGCUAUUGCAGCAUCUUUUCUAUAUCCACAAGAACAUAUUCGUUGAGUUUGGCAUCCAGCACUGUCCAUGCCCCUAGUCUAUGUUUUCAUCUUGUAAUAGCAUAACAAUGUUAGAAGGAAAGCUUUCUGAAACAAAAGUAAAUUCACACAGAUACCUGUCUUGUGUUUGUAUAUCUCAGCAUUAUUUUGUGAUUAGAAAGAGGAUAAGAAAAGAGAACCUGAAAUUAUCCUUUUCUAAUUCUUGUGUAGAAGAGAAAGAAAUAUGGUAAGAGAGGAAGAAAUACAGCUCAGCUGGAAGCACAGCAUUCCACAGCUUGUGUUUUCAUCCUGGCAUUUCCAACCUUGCAUAAAUCUGUAUUGUUUUCUCUUCAGCAGUGUGCAGUAUUGACUUACUAAGGUGUAAAGCUGUUGUUUACAGUGAUUGUACCUCUGGGUGCCUAAGUGUAGAAUUAGUGGAUUUCUCAAUUGUCAGUGUCUUGAAGGUGUUUGGUGCUAAUAAAGAAUAUUGUUCAGAAUAUCA